ACGACACUCCAAAGACGGAGAGACGCACGGGGGGAGGAGAGAGUAGCACUGAAUGGUGUGAGAGAGUGGAGGACUUAAAAAAAAGUCUGUAAAGAAAGAGAGGUUCCUCUCUAACGUUAAUUUCUGUCAAAUAAUCCAGCUUUGCACCGGAGAGAUGUCAAACAGCGACGAAGACGCGGUUGAGACGGAGUAAACAGUUACCGGACAGUUGGCGAAACAACUUGUUUGAAGAGAGAGAAAGGCUCGAGACGGGACGGUUGGUCGUUUUCCGCCGCGACUGGAGCAGAUUUCAACGCUGCUAGUAACGGGACGAAAAAACGAGGUGUUGACCGCUCGGCUCGGUAGAAAGCAAGUCCGUCGGUUGGAUCGGUUGGCAGAGAGCCGGGGAAACCGACCGAGAGAGCGGCGGCGGCGGCGGCUCGAGAAGAGAGAGCCGCUGAAGCAGCAGCUACAAAAGUUUGCCGUGUAUCUUCACCUAGUUUUCCAGAUUGGGAACCAGAGGGGGGAGGAAGAGGCCGAGACACUGACUUUUCUUUCCACAAGCAACUUUGUGGAAUUCAUCCUGUUUAGCAAACUUUAGCCGCGUGCUGUAACUAGCUUAAAGCAGAACACAUGAAAACACCUGGAGAUAAUGGGAUCGCCUUCCCAGAAUGGGCCUACAAGCCCGAGUCGAGCCCCGGGUCCAGGCAGAUCCAGCUGUGGCACUUCAUCCUGGAGCUGCUCAGAAAGGAGGAGUAUCAUGAUGUUAUCGCCUGGCAGGGGGACUACGGCGAGUUUGUCAUCAAGGACCCGGAUGAAGUGGCCCGGCUGUGGGGGGCCAGGAAGUGUAAACCCCAAAUGAACUACGAUAAGCUGAGCAGGGCACUGAGAUACUACUACAACAAGAGGAUCCUCCAUAAGACCAAAGGCAAGAGGUUCACCUAUAAGUUCAACUUCAAUAAACUGGUUUUGGUCAACUACCCCUUUAUCGACAUGGGCUCCACUGGAAGCAAUGUUCCUCAGAGCGCCCCCCCUGUCCCCACCGGUGCAGGGAAUCACUUCCGCUUUCCUCCCUCAACGCCCUCCGAAGUCCUCUCCCCGAACGAGGACCUGCGCAGCCCCGGUGGCAUGUUCAGCUCUGUGGCCCGACGAAUGGCACGAGGCUCCGUCAGCGACUGCAGUGACGGCACUUCGGUCAAUUCUGAGAUCGAGGAGGGCAACACGGGAGCCGGGGAGGAGAGGGGAGAGAGGGGUGUGAGUGGAGGAGGAACUGGUGUUGGUGGAGGAGUAGGUUACCGAAGUAUCAUCCAUCCCCGUCUGUCUCAUGAAACCCUGUUCCGCAUGUAUGGAGGUCCAGGUAGCCAUGCUGGGCACCCAGGCUCCCGUGGCCACGCCGGCCACCGGAUCCACCCAGAUUCUCUGUCGCCCUUCCCUGUGUCCCCCCUGCCAGGGCCGGGAGGAGCUGGCCUCCUCGCUCCUCCUCUGUCCCCGGCGCUAUCCAUGACCCCGACAUCUCACCUCCCCUACACCCCCUCACCCACCCUGUCACCCAUGUUAGGCUCCCACUUCUCCUUCAACCCGGAGGACAUGAAGCGCUACCUGCAGGCCCACACCCAGUCGGUGUACAAUUACGGCCUCAGCCCCAGAGCUUUCCUCCAUUACCCCAACAUCGUCAUCCCCCAUCCCCAGCGGCCCGCCGCAGACAAGACACCCUCACACCCACUCUCACCCCAUGCACCACCCACUCCACCUGAGUGAGGAGCCUCCUCCAUGUCUCCCUUCAAGUUCAAGCUGCAGCCCCCACCACUGGGUAGGAAGCACCGAGAGAGUCCAAGCUCGAGUAAACCCAGGCAGAGCUCGCUCUCCUCAGGAUCUGGAUCCAUGACGUCUACCUCUGGCCUGGGCUCCUCGCUGUCGUUCGGCAGUGACCUGAGCUCAGCCAGCGGCUCAGGCCUCAUCUCUGCCUCCUCCUCAACGCAGUCCCUGAACAGCGCAGGACUUCCCAAGAUAAAGGUGGAGCCCAUCUCUGAUAUUGAGUCGGAGGAAGAGGUGGAGGUGACCGACAUUAGUGACGAAGACCCAGAUGAGAGAGAUGAGGAGUUUAAACUCUUCUCCCCUCGCUACUCCAGAGCCCCUGACCACCACCACCACCACCUCCUCCAUCACCACCACCUUGCUAACGGCACAGCAGCGCCCCAACAUCACCCCCACCCUGACGAAGACCUGGACGAGGACGUCUUCAAAGCCCCUGCUCCACCUCCGCCUGGCCUGAUGCCCUUCUUCACCUCGCAGCACACACACUCCAGCGCUCAUCGCACGCUGCCCACCCUCAAGAGUGAACCCACCGAACCGGGGGACAGCAGCACGCCCCCACCUCAGACGGGCUCGGCAGGAGCCAACCACACGAAAUGCAUCCCCCUCAAGCUGCGCUUCAAGAGGCGCUGGAGCGAAGACCAGCGCAUGGAGGCCUCACAGGAGGAGUCUGACGACAAGAAAGUACGACCGGAGGAGGAGAGGGAACGAGAGAGGCAAAGUAAUGGACGCAUGGAGACGGAGGAGGACGGGACAGGCAGCGGAGAAGGGGACAGUCCUCCCCCGUUGGCGUAUGAGGGCUCUUUAGCCACGCCGCUGACCUCACAGCGGAGGGUGAGCGCUGAGCUGCAUCGUGCCACUGCACAGCUGUCUCUGGAGAACAAAGACUGCUGACUCUGUCCCAACACUACUGCUCCGGUAGCUGGAGGAGGCACAGGAGCUUAUAAAUGUAGUCCCUCUCCCACACUGACAAACUAGAUUCCUGAAACAACCCGUGAACCCAACAUACACACAUAGAACCCCAACACCUCAAAGACCGCCUGACCCCACCAGUCCUCUGUCUGGAUCAGGGCUCUUCUGGGACACAUCCUUCGGGAGGUGGGACUUUAAACAGGGCCGAAAUCAGAGGGAGGCUCCCUCGUGAAGCUUUGCUCCAAGUUCACCUCCCAUCUGGCCAGUGAAGCUCCAGAAGCCCUGCCCCAGUAGCACAGCUCCCGCCCCAUCGAUAGGAUCAGCAGCCAGUCAGAACUUUCCUCAGGAGACACACACUCCCUUAAAGGAAUACACCCACAAACUGACCAUUUUAUAUAUCAGUUACUCACAGAACCCAGAGUUCUUGAAGAAAACUGUUGUUUUCCUCGCAUGCCUCCGCGGUGAACGAAGAAAGUAAAUGUGCCCAGAGAAACAUGCGUUAACAAACUCUCACUAAACUCAUGCAGCAUAAUCCAAGUCUUGCAAAUGCAUGUGAAGUAGUGAGCAUAUGACUGGAUGAAUGAGACUUGCAUUAUACUUCAGGAGUUGUGUGAGAGUUAGUAAACGGAUGUUAUAGUUUCUGUUAAACUCAAACCUCAUUCACUUAUAAGUCAUCAAGACUUUUCUGGAGGCCUGCGAGAGGUUUUCUUCAAAGUAACACGAGGAGAGGAACUGAUAUUGAAAAGGUGAGUUUGUAGGUGAAGUCUUCCUUUUUGAAGCCCAGCAACACACCGUGGAUGAGGAAGUGCACACGCUCCCCUGCGCUUCUUUUCCUAUAAACUGACGGGACUUUGAUAAGUGCCUGUAUCUUAAAACCCACAGCCCUGCAGUGACGUGGAAGAGAGCAAAGCAUCUACGAGUAAUCAACCCUUAACUCAUGAAACCCUUGUAAAGUUUGGCAGAUACUGAAAAAAAUCACAGAGGGGGGGGGGGAAGAAAAAGGAAAGUGUGUCUUUGAGACUGAAUAGUGGGGCUGUUGGGUGUUUUGUCUGACCGACUCUUAAACCUGGCCCACUCCACUCAGGGAAGCCUAUUGCUGUAUGUUUUUAUUGGAUUCCUGCACAGAAAAACACACACGAGCAUAAAACAGCCAACAGUGAAGGGACUCGCGGUGGAAGCAUUGCUUAUGGACACUUAACGAUGCUCACUGCGACGCAAGGCUCCACACACACUCGCACAUCCACAGACUAUGGCACACUGUUCUCUCAGAGCUUUUGACUUUUGUAUAACCUUCCUUUUGUCUCUCUCCUGUCCUGCUGCCCCUCUUUCUCUUGCGGACCACCUGUGGAAAGAUCAUGACUCCACUCACAGAAAUAAUUUCAACACCCAGGGAGAUGUGAGGAAAAGAGAAGAAUGAAGAAGUACUUCAGCGUAGAGAAAGGACUACUGAGGGGACCACGAGAGGUUCCAGUGACCUCACCUAACACGGCGUGUAUCAUAGUUUCUCCUCGAGGCCCAGCAGCACAGAAUCCUAGUUCACCAGCUAAAGCUCCUCUAACAAUCAUAGAUAGUGUUAAACUAAACCAGCAGAACACACAUGCACGACACUGCCUUUAGCUCUUAAACAUGCUCCCUCUCUCUCUUUGUGUGUGUGUGUGUGUGUCUGUGUCUGUGUCUGUGUCUGUGUGUGUGUGUGUGUCUGUGUCUGUGUCUGUGUGUGUAGACCUCCAGCUCUGUAGUGGCGCCAUCCUCAGAUCCUGAGAGUGUGUGAGACUGCCAGGCCUGUUGAUUACACGAGUGUGAGAGAGCAGGGAACAUCUUAGAACACACACACACACACACACACACAC